ACCGCUAGGCGCACUAUUUGGCAAGGUGCCCUUCUUUUGUAAAGCCGCACGGCACGCAUGCGUAGUAAGCACCUUUUCUCUUGCUUUCUGUCCGCUUAUCUUUUUGGGCUGUUUUGUGGGAGGGGUCCGUAUUUGGCUGGGAGAGCGAUCGAAGAAAAGGGGCUGAAACGAAUUUCUGUAUCCCAGAAGCGGUAGCAUCAACGUCUGUGCAUUGUGGCGAAUUCAUUGCAAAUUACUGUUGUUAUAAGCAGAAGAACUGAGCCGGUUGACUUGCACUGGGCGUGCUUUUACGUUCGAGUACCAGGGAAUUAAGAAGACCGGUGGAGAAAUAACACGAUUUCAGCAUUUUCAGUUUCUUAAAAUAAAGCAGCUGCCAACCGACUAGGCAAAAUGACAACUGCAACAUCACCUAUUCUACUGAAAUGGGACCCAAAAAGUUUGGAGAUUAGGACUCUAACUGUAGAAAGACUCCUGGAGCCUCUGGUUACACAGGUUACAACUUUGGUGAACACCAGCAACAAAGGCCCUUCCAGCAAAAAGAAGGGCCGCUCCAAGAAGGCUCACGUUCUGGCUGCUUCUGUUGAGCAGGCCACACAGAAUUUUCUAGAGAAAGGUGAACAGAUUGCUAAGGAAAGCCAAGACCUGAAGGAUGAGCUAAUAGCUGCAGUGGAAGAUGUUCGCAAGCAAGGUGAAACAAUGAGGGUUGCCUCAUCUGAAUUUGCCGAUGACCCCUGCUCUUCUGUGAAACGUGGCACAAUGGUUCGAGCUGCCCGAGCCCUGCUGUCUGCUGUUACACGACUUCUUAUACUGGCUGACAUGGCUGAUGUUAUGAGGCUACUGGCUCAUCUUAAAAUUGUGGAAGAAGCCCUUGAAGCUGUGAAAAAUGCCACUAAUGAACAAGACUUGGCCAAUCGGUUCAAGGAAUUCGGAAAGGAGAUGGUGAAAUUAAACUAUGUUGCUGCCCGAAGACAACAGGAGUUGAAAGACCCUCACUGUAGAGAUGAAAUGGCAGCAGCCCGCGGUGCCCUUAAGAAGAAUGCAACCAUGUUGUACACAGCUUCCCAGGCCUUCCUUCGCCACCCUGACGUUGCAGCUACAAGAGCAAAUCGAGAUUAUGUCUUUAAGCAAGUACAAGAAGCUAUCGCUGGCAUUUCAAGCGCAGCUCAGGCUACAUCACCUACAGAUGAGAAACAUGGACAUGCGGGUAUUGGCGAGUUGGCAGCAGCUCUCAAUGAGUUUGAUAACAAGAUCAUCUUAGAUCCUCUGACCUUCAGUGAAGCCCGAUUCAGACCCUCUUUAGAGGAGCGUUUGGAGAGCAUUAUCAGUGGAGCAGCAUUGAUGGCGGACUCCUCGUGCACACGCGACGAUAGACGGGAGAGAAUUGUGGCUGAGUGUAAUGCUGUGCGACAGGCCCUGCAGGAUCUGCUAAGCGAGUACAUGAAUAAUACUGGUAGAAAGGAAAAAGGAGAUCCGCUCAACAUUGCCAUUGAUAAAAUGACCAAAAAAACAAGGGACCUGCGGAGACAGCUGCGAAAGGCAGUAAUGGACCACAUUUCAGAUUCUUUUCUGGAGACCAAUGUUCCCCUGCUGGUGCUUAUUGAGGCUGCCAAAAGUGGCAAUGAAAAGGAGGUGAAAGAAUAUGCACAAGUCUUCCGCGAGCACGCCAACAAGCUGGUAGAGGUUGCAAACCUUGCUUGCUCGAUUUCCAAUAAUGAAGAAGGUGUGAAGCUGGUUCGCAUGGCAGCCACCCAGAUUGACAGCCUUUGCCCUCAGGUUAUUAAUGCUGCACUGACUUUGGCAGCGAGGCCGCAAAGUAAAGUUGCCCAGGACAAUAUGGAUGUCUUCAAAGACCAAUGGGAGAAGCAAGUCAGAGUUCUGACUGAAGCAGUGGAUGACAUUACAUCUGUAGAUGACUUUUUAUCUGUUUCAGAAAACCACAUCCUUGAAGAUGUGAACAAGUGUGUCAUUGCCCUCCAGGAGGGAGACGUUGACACUUUGGAUCGCACUGCAGGUGCCAUAAGAGGACGUGCUGCCAGAGUUGUCCACAUCAUUAAUGCAGAGAUGGAAAACUAUGAGCCAGGAGUUUACACUGAAAGAGUUUUAGAGGCUAUUAAACUACUCUCUGAGACUGUUAUGCCACGUUUUGCUGAACAAGUGGAAGUUGCAAUUGAAGCACUGAGCACAAAUCCCCCUCAGCCAUUUGAAGAGAAUGAAUUCAUUGAUGCUUCCCGCUUGGUUUACGAUGGAGUUCGUGACAUUCGAAAGGCUGUCUUGAUGAUAAGGACUCCUGAAGAGCUAGAGGAUGAUUCAGACUUUGAACAGGAAGAUUAUGACGCACGUAGCAGAACAAGUGUCCAAACAGAGGAUGAUCAGCUCAUUGCUGGACAAAGCGCAAGAGCAAUAAUGGCACAACUUCCGCAAGAAGAGAAAGCUAAAAUUGCAGAGCAGGUGGAGAGCUUCCGGCAAGAGAAAUGUAAACUGGAUGCUGAAGUAGCCAAGUGGGACGACAAUGGCAAUGAUAUCAUUGUGCUGGCCAAGCAGAUGUGUAUGAUAAUGAUGGAAAUGACUGACUUUACCAGCAGAGGCAAGGGCCCCCUGAAGAACUCUUCAGAUGUGAUUAACGCAGCUAAAAAGAUUGCAGAAGCUGGAUCAAGGAUGGACAAACUGGCCCGUGCUGUUGCUGAUCAGUGUCCAGAUUCAGCCUGCAAACAAGAUCUGCUUGCAUACCUUCAACGCAUUGCUCUGUACUGCCAUCAACUCAACAUCUGCAGCAAAGUGAAGGCUGAAGUCCAGAACCUGGGAGGCGAGCUCAUCGUGUCUGGGCUGGACAGUGCGACAUCCCUUAUCCAAGCUGCAAAGAAUCUGAUGAAUGCUGUGGUACUCACAGUAAAAGCUUCCUAUGUGGCUUCCACAAAAUACCAAAAGGUCUAUGGAACUGCAGCUGUGAACUCACCUGUUGUGUCAUGGAGGAUGAAAGCCCCUGAAAAGAAACCCCUCGUCAAAAGAGAGAAGCCAGAAGAGUGCCAAACCAGAGUCAGGAGGGGCUCCCAGAAAAAGCACAUUUCUCCUGUUCAGGCUCUAAGCGAGUUCAAGGCCAUGGACACAUUUUAAAUGAUUACUCUCUACUAUGAAGAAUAAAGGCAAAAACGUAUAUUUCUGUUGGAGCACAUGCCUGCUAACUUAUAUAUCUGACAUGACAAAACUUACAGCCACUAUACAGUGUGCACAUAUUCAAGUAAAGAAACUGUUUAGAGCUAAUGUUGAAAAGAUAAUUGCAUUUCACUCCAGUUGAGAUAAAGCUGCAACAGCCACAUCUUUAAGUGAAGCCAAAGUCACUUAGGAAUGCCAUUGGCCGAAUGGCAAUUUUGUUAGAAGAAAAAGUGAUAGUGAAUUAUUACAAUUAAAAUCCUGCAGAUUAUAGGUUGGCAGGUAUGCUGGCAUAGAACUGGACCUGUAAUGUUAUUGAGGUAAUAGGGCUUUAUUUACUGUGAACAUUAUUAUUCUUAUUAUUGUUACCAUUAUUAUUAUUGCCAUUACUCUCCUUAUCAUUACUAUCUUUGGCUGACUGUGUGGACAAUGGUUUGACCGAAAUAAUGAUCCAAUGUGAAUUGCUUAAGUCAGCUGUAGCAAACUAGAAAUGUAGUUAGAAAUCAGGGGAUGCUGAAAGGCUUACAGAAUGCUUUCUUAACCUCUUAGUAAUUUUUGGUUUUAAUGUCUAACUGUAGUGCUAAAAUAACUAUACUCUUUUGUUAAGAAUUGCCAAUUAACAAUGUAGUCUUUACCUGUACCAUUGCUGCAUACAGUACGGUGUGGCACUGAUGCACAAUAUAGUGACUUAUAUUGCCUUUUACAAUCCUUUCUGUUACUAUUCUAAGACUAGAUAUUACAGCCUGGUAGGUUAAUGUGUAGAACUCAAUGAUUCAAAUUUAGAGUGCGAUGAAAAGAAUUGAUGUGUGGAUUUGCUUGGAUCAUAAGUAUCUAACAUGCCUUUGUAUCUACAAUUCACAAAUAAACCCUUUAACUUGAUUGCAAA